UAGAGCAAGGACUUUCAUUUUCAGGCCGGGUAGGUUGCCCACCAACAACACAAGUAAACGGCAAAAUAGAUUAAGAAUCGGCAGCACAAUCGCCAGCCAUCCUUUGAAGAAACGUAUUAUUUAGGAAUUAAAUCGCCAUUGUUGAUCACAAGAAAUACUAACAAGUAAAAUCGAAAAAGAAGGCACAAGAAGAGGCGCAUAGAAACAUUUUCAUACUCGAUGACAUUACAUCGCAAUGUCCGAUCGUUUGGGGCAAAUAACCAAGUCCAAGGAUGGGAAAAGCAAGUAUUCCUCACUCAGCCUAUUUGAUAAGUACAAGGGAAAGUCUAUAGAAACUCAGAAAACCGCAGCAGUUCCACGACAUGGCUUACAGAGUCUUGGCAAAGUGGCCGCAGCCCGGCGCAUGCCCCCACCUGCUCACCUGCCGAGCCUGAAGUCGGAGAACAAAGGAAACGAUCCCAGCGUGAUUAUUGUGCCCAAAGACGGAACAGGAUGGGCAAACAAGCAGGAACAACCCGAUCAAAAGAGUUCCAUUGCAUCAACAGCACAGCUGCCGGAGUUGCAGCCGCAGCUGGCUUUACAGAAAUCUGUCUCCAAUCUCCAGAAGCCCACACCGGUAGCCAGUCAGGAGAGCGCAAACACAGGUGGACCAAAGCAAUGGGCCCAGCUAAAUGGAAAGGCCGUAGAACUAGAUGGUUUAAGGGCCUCAAACCGACUGCAGCCCUUCUCUCACGAGGAAUUUCCAACGCUGAAGGCUGCUGGGGAACAGGACAAGGCUGGCAAGGAAAGAAGCGCCUUCGAUCCGUCGUAUGGGCCCGGACCAAGCCUCCGCCCCCAGAAUGUGACAAGUUGGAGGGAGGGUGGUGGGAGGAACCUUGUGCCCUCAUCCCUGCCGGCAGGCCUGCCCUCAGAUUUCGAGGGCAAGGCCAGCGGCGUGGCUGAGACUGGGAGCCCCCCUCCACCUCUUCCCCCCUCUGCCUCCUCCUCUGCCCUCUCUGCCCCCAUGGUCAGUCCCAACCCUGCCACCGUUGUCAGCGCCCCUCCAGUCCCGGAGCUCAAGGAGCCCUCCCUGCGCCCCGCCCAGCCACUCCGCAGGCCCGCUCCCCCUGCCCUGAACCAUCACCAGCUCCACCACCCUACCACCACCACCACCUACCACGACAUGCUGCCUGCCUUCAUGUGCCCCAAAGAGACUUGUGAUGCUCCCGGCACUGCUGAACACACUGGCCCUGUCACUGUGGUCGCCCCAGUUCGCUUUGACAACAGGCCCACCUUCAGACAGCCCUACCCCAACAACAACCAAGAGCCCGUCAACGGCGAGGUGAGGAGAGAAGAAAACCGCUUCAUCCGUGGGCCCUCUCGCAACCCCUCCUCCCGACCCAUCCGUCGGCCCGGCGACAGACCCCCUCGUCCUGCCAUCAUCAACCCAGAGGACCUGAAGGAUCUGGACGAGCUGGACAACGACUGUGAAGACGGCUGGGCAGGUAUCCAUGAAGAAGUGGAUUAUGGCGAGAAACUCAAGUUCAGUGACGAUGAGGAGGAGCACGCCGAAAAGAACAAGAUGUGGGCUGAAUGGGAGAACCAGCGUCGCGAGCACCAGUUGUCGCUGAGCUCAGGAGAGGGGGUGUACCCCCAGGAGGGUCCUGAGGAGGAAGCUUACCAGGCCUACCAGGAGCAGAUGGCCCACAGGAAGACCAACAGCAGGUUCCCCUCUGGAGAACCACAGGCCCAGCAGAAGAGCUCCGGGCCGGGCAUGGCCCACCAGGGUGAACCCCUGGACAACCAGGAGGAGCGCCAGACCCAGGGCCCAGCCCGGGCCAAGUUUGUGUCACCGGAACUCUCGGAGGCAGUUGAGAGAGCUCGCCGUCGCAGGGAGGAGGAGGAGAGACUCGCCCGUGAGGAGAGACUGGCCGCCUGCGCCGAGAAGCUCAAGAGGCUAGACGAGAGGUUUGGGAAGACGGAGAGACAGUUGUUGAGGUCUGAGGAGGGAGCAAAGGAUGCAGAGAGCAAGGAGGCAGCACUGUCCCCUAGGAGAGAGAGCAAAAACCACCCGGAGAGCUGGCAAUACGGCAUGAAAGACGCUGAGUGUCCCUCGGAGCACUCCCCAGGCCAGCAGGACUACAGGGAAGAGGGCACCUCGGGCUUCACCCCCUACCGCAGUGAGGACGAUGGCGGGGCCGAGCCCACCUCUCCCCUGCCUGACUAUGCAAACCACCAGGCCUCCAAGCCCCUCCCUCCUCGCUUCCAAAAGCAGCAGCAGGACCAAGUGUAUAAAAUGCAGCACUGGCAGCAGCAGCAGUCUGGCCACCCCGCCCCCUCUGGCUCCAGCCACCCCCCGAGGGGGUACUACCCCCCACACGUGCUGGGCUUCGACCCCCGCUGGAUGAUGAUGCCCCCCUUCAUGGACCCCCGAAUGGCCCAGGGCCUCUCCCCUGUGGAUUACUACCCCAACGCUGUCCACUCUUCAGGAAUUAUGAAAUCGAUGAUGCAGCCAGACCACCUGAACAGCCCAGGGUCCGCCUCUGACGAGGGCUGCCAUCCCAGCAUGCAUCAGGAGAGGAGGGCCCCCUCCACCGAGCCCUACCCUGUGUGGAACCAAGAUGGCUACCCCCCUCGCAGUUUCACCCCACCCUACCAGAGACAGCACGAGAGCUCAGACAGGAGCCAGCCAGACGACCGGAGUGACAGGACCUGCUCCCAGCAGGACUUGUACGAAGAGAGGGGCAAAGAGUGCCUAGACAACCCCUCCGGUGACCUCUCCCAUCAGGCCUACCAACAGAGCAAAGGCCCCGACAGGGAUCACCACCCGCACGACCAAGGCCUGCUCUCCACAGCCCCGAGCCGGCCCCAGCAGCAGCAGCACGCAGACAGCGACUACCCCAAACAGGAGCCCAAAGACAGGUACCUGAAGGACAGCACUGACCCCCGCAACGAAGUCUUCGACACCUCCAAAGAAAAUGUUUUUGACUCAGACUUCCGGAGGCGAGAUGGAGGCCAGAAGAAGGAAAGUGUUGGUGUUCAGAACCAGCGAUCUGAUCAUGGCUCCAGCUCCCCUGCCAGCAGUGUAAGCCAGCCCUCUGAGACCGGCGGUAGGACCCUGACCCGCCGGACCGGUCCCAUAAAGAAGCCUGUGCUCAAGGCCCUCAAAGUGGAGGACAAGGAGAACGAGAAGCCCAAAGUGGAGCCUGAGGAGAAGGUAGUCCCUUACCGCCUGGAAAAGGAGGUGCUCACCAACGUAUAUGACCUGAAGAAAGACAACCAGCCCCUACUAAGUAACAGACGCUCGGCCUCGCCUGCUAUCGAGAAGCAGCCAGAAGAGAAGCAACACCAACUACUAGCUCCUGCUAAAGUAGAGCGGCCAGCCAGUACCCACAGUGAGGAUUUGCCGAAGGAGAACAGCUGGGACAGCGGAAAGAGCCAGUCCUCCAGAGACAGCCAGGAGAGCAGGGAGCCUGGUGCACCACGACGCAACAACUGGAUCUUCAUCGAUGAGGAGCAGGCCUUUGCCGGAGCCAGGGGAACGGGUAGAGGUCGGAGCCGUGGUGGCUUCAGGGAGUUCAGUUCCAGAGGAGACCGUGGUGGCCGGGGAGGCCGAGAGAACCCCAGAGGAGGCUACAACAACAAUAUCAACAGCAGGGACGCCACUGGAGCCCAGAGACCAGGCAGAGGCAGAGGACUGCCCAGGGACUUUGUCAAGGUGGAGGACCUGCAGAGGGGGAAGCCGAGGAGGCGCAACGUCAGCGAGACUCUGAGCGAGACCUCAGAGUACGAGGAGCUGCCCAAGCGGCGGCGCCAGAAGGGCUCUGAAAAUGGAGAGGGUGGCAGCUACCCAGAGCAGGGAGAGACCAGGAAGGCCGACCGAGACUCUUGGAGGUCCAACAAGGUGUACACGGAAGACCAGGCGGCCAGCGACGCCCGCGACAAGGCCAAAGCCAGCAGUAAGGGGUUCGGAGGCUUCGGCCGCUCGCUGCCUCCCAGACUCGACACUGGCAGGGUCUACAACACCAGCCGAGGGUUCAACAACGGCUCCAGAGACAUCUCCACCUGGAGGGGGCGGGGGACUCAGUUCGGCAGUGGCGGUGGGCCCAUGCAGGAGAAUGGCUACGGCCCAGGCACCGAGACUUACUCUAGGAGACCUCCACCACCUGCAGAGCGUGAGCCCUUCAAAUACACCCCCAAGUUUACUGGCUCUACUGGUUCCUUCAUGGAGAACGGUGCCGAGGACCGCAGCGGGGAGGGCGAGUACUACAUAGACAACGACAACCCUGGACAACAGCCAUUGAGAAGAAGGCGGCCGCCACGCCAGGACAAGCCCCCGCGCUUCCGCCGACUACGUCAAGAGCGGGAGCCCGGCAGCGGCCAGUGGACCAGCGACGAGUACAUCAACGGAUCGGAAGGAUUUGCCAACCCCUGGCCGGGCCGCUCCAAGGAGGGAGGUAAAGAGGACGGCUGGCCCAGUGGCCACUACUCCGGAGGGGGAGGGAGGUCCGGUGGUCAGCACGGCCAGGCGGAGGACUGGGAGACUGGCUCGGAGAACAGCGACUUCAGCGACUGGAGGGAGAAGCGUGGUGGAGGGCAGCAGCAGCAGGCCCACGGGGGAGAUGUGCACUCAGACUCAGGCCACGGGGAGCCUGGGUCUGGGGAAAAGAGGGAGCUGGCCAAGAGGAGUUUCUCCAGCCAGCGCCCCCUGGUGGACCGGCAGAACAGGAAGGGAGAGCUGGAGGGGAACAAGAUGACACGCUCCUCAGAGAACCCUAACGCUCUGCCCUCCUGCAACAGGAACGACGGCUGGCAGAACGGAGGGUCCUCCAACCAUAAUAGCAGGAGCCCAGAGGAGUCAGGCCAAGUCUACAAUGUUGAGCAGUCUGAGGAGGGCCACCAGCCCAACGAACCCUCGGGGAAGAAGCUGGACAAGGAGCUGAAGCCCAGGUCUGUGAAGGGAGACAUGGUCAAACCACUGAACCAGUACGACCUCAACAGCUACCCCAUUGAGGGGGAUUCUGGGGGUCCUAGUCCAGAUGGGUUCCAAGACCUGUCCAAGAAACAGCAGCGGCGCCCACAGGAAGACGACAGGAGGAGAAAGGAACAAGGAGCUCCGGUUCCAGUAAAGAACAGACCGAUCACCUCCAAGAUGCCCCCGCGGUUUGCCAAGAAGCAGGGUGGCAUGACCAUGGAUCAGCCAGAAGAGGGACUCUCUGCCAACAACCUGGGCACAGAGAUCUGGGAGACUAACAGCUCAGCUCUGUCAGUCCAGUCAUCUGGAGGGGACUCGUGGACCAAGCAGGUCUCCUUCACAGGCAGCGAGCCCAACUCUGAGGACUCUGAUGCGGGGCCUGAGCAGAGCAAGGAGCAGCACAAGCCCGGCCCCAUCGGCAACGAGCGUUCACUCAAGCACCGCAAGGGCUCAGAGGGUGUGGAGCGUCUGGAGGGGAGGCCCAUCACGCCCGUCAACGGCGUGGACCUCCACGUGGACACGGUGCUGCCCGUGCCACCCAUUGAGUUUGGUGUGAGCGCCAAGGACUCUGACUUUAGCCUGCCACCCGGUUCCACCCCAGUGCCUGUGUCCAACCCUGUCACCAAGCUGCAGGACGCCCUCGCCAGCAACCCGGCCCUGACCCAAGCCAUUCCCAUGCUGCGUAGAGACCACCUGCAGCCUGGCAUCAACCUCAACCCCAUCUCUUUCCCCAGCGCUGACCUCACACUCAAGAUGGAGUCGGCCCGUAAGGCGUGGGAGAACUCCCAAUCUCUCCCCGAGCAGGGCUCUCCUGGUGGGGGGGCCUCUGGUGCCCAGCCCCCCUGCAGCGUGGGCUCCUCCAGCGGGGUCAGCUACAGCUCUUUCGGAGGGGUGUCCAUGCCCCCCAUGCCCGUGGCCUCCGUGGCGCCUUCCAUGUCCAUGCAGGGUAACCAUGUCCCCCCGCUGUAUCUGGACGGCCAUGUCUUUCCCAGCCAGCCUCGUCUGGUGCCCCCAACCAUGACCCAGCAGCAGAGCUACCAACAGGCAGCGGCUGCUGCCCAGCAGAUCCCCAUCUCCCUGCACACCUCUCUGCAGGCCCAACUUGGUCUCCGGGGAGGCCUUCCCGUCUCCCAGUCCCAGGAGAUGUUCAACUCCAUCCCCCCCUUCAGGUCCCAGGUGUACAUGCACCCCAAUCUGUCCCAGCCUAACCCCAUGGUGCUGUCAGGCGGUGGCCCCCUCAAGGGGCCCUAUUCGGCCUUCCCGGGCAUGCAGCCAUCGGACAUGGUCAAGCCUCAGUCGGGCUCCCACUACCAGCCCAUGAACGGCAGCCAGGCCAUGGUCUACGACGGCCAGAUGAACCAGGGCCCUGGCAUGGGCUCCUCCCAGCUCAUGGACUCCCAGCUCAUCCAGGUGACCAUGCCCCUGCCGGGCUCCCAGCUGCGUUAUGGCUCUGCCCAGCAGCACCUCAUCCUGCCCCAGUCCAUCCAGCUCCAGCAGGGCCAGAACCUCUCCGUGGGAGCCGCCCGCAGGAUGCUCCCCCCUGGCUCCCAGCCCCCCGUCAUGACCGGCAGCAGAGAGAAUUUCCCAAUGUCUGCUGGUCCGUAUACUACUUACAAGACCUCCCAGAUGGAAAUGAAAGGCUUCCAGUUCUCUGACAAGCCCAAUCACAGCCAGGGCAUGCCUGGAGGAUACAACAGACCAGGGUCUGCCAGCCCCAGUGGGAAGCAGUCUGGCCCUCUGCCUGGGCAUUACACCCAGCAGAAGACGACCUCCAUGCAGGCCGUUCAGCAGCGAGGCUGGGCUUGCAGUGGCCCUGGCCUGACCUGUAGUUGCUGCUACAGAGACCCAGCCACCGGCUGGUUUGAGGCCCUGCUGUGCCCCCUCCACGGCAAGGUUCCCCCUCCCCAGGGCAGCAUGGUUAUGCACAUGCGUCCCCCCACCACCGGCCCCUUCCCCACCCCCAUCCAGAGACCUGUCAUGCAGGUCAACAAGACAGUCAUCAUCCGCUCCCCACCUUACCCCAAUCCCGGGCGCGAGCCCCCCCACUCCACCCCCCCCUCAGCCCCCGAGCCCCCCAUCAAGGGGCCGGAGGAUGGCAUGAAGAGUAAAGCCCUGCGAGAUAGGCGCCAGCUGGUGGGUGAGGGGAAGGCGCUGUCGUGGGGCCUGAUGACCAGCAAACUCCAGGAGUCCCUUCCCGGCUGGCAGGGUAAACCAGCACCAUGCACCUGAGCCAUCAAACCCCAGGCUGUCAAAGUGGAGGGCAAGGCAUGGCAAAGGACCUUAAACCACCUUUUAACCUCCACCCAACCUGCCUCUGGAAGACACAACCCCCUGCACCCUCUCUCAGCCCACCUCUCAGCCUUCUAUCGCCAACCCCCAGAUCGGGCGCCAAACUGAGGAGCAGGCAGGCAUACUCCACCAACUCCCCGAACUGUCAGAACCGGACACUAUUAUUAUUAUUAUUAUUAUUAUUAUUAUUAUUAAACACCACGUAUAGAGAUAUAUAAAUAUAUAUAUAUAAAUAUAUAUAUACAUAGACACAAUAGUUUGGGACACUCCUCUAAGCAGACUCUUCAAGGUCCUCCUUAUUUAUUAACAUUGUCCUUUUCGAGAGAAGAAUGGUAACAAAAAAAAUAGAAAAUAAAUUCACGUUUUCUGUGUUGCUCUGUAUCCAAAAAAGGAAACGAACAGCUCCUGCAGACAGUUCACUCUCCUAGUUCACCCCUUUUUUGCCAAACUGUACUUUUUUGGACUAUACCCCAGUAGAAGAGGCAGACACUUGACAUGUCAGCACAAGAAAGCAAAUCUGUAAGUGUUAAAAAAAACGUGUCCUUUCCCCCACUUUUUUUUUUUUUGCUGGUAACUGUGGAGUUUUAAUCUAAAAAUAAUAUUUAAAAAAGUAUUUGCCUAUUUGCUCUGUUAUUAAAGGACUUCAAACCCUGAUUUUAAGGACAUCAUUGUGUGUAAACAUGGAAAUGUGUGAACCAGGGCGUGUCGCCCUGAGAGACCCCUGGGGUACUUCACACAGCUCGUGAACUGUGACAAAACUGCUUAGAUUUUUAGAAAAUGUUUGUUAUUUUUAAAAGGCUGUUUAUUUGCUUUUUUUCUGUCGCUCUCAUGUGUUUUGUAAACAGAAGCAAAAACUAGGACAUUUUAGAGAAAUCAUCUUCUUGCCUCAUUUGAAGCUAUCCUAGCGUUAAUGCAGUGUGUGCAUGUGAUGUGCUGAAUGUGUGAUAAUCGUAGGGCCUAAUCCAGGAUCCUAUCGCAACAUUUCAAAAGUCAGCGGACACUGCUGUUGUAGUGUGUGGUUUUGAUCAACCGAGCUGGCAAAAAAUGUGGUUUAUUCUAUAGUGUUGGGGAGUGAGGGGUAUCUAUAGUGUUUGGGAGUGACGACAGGCUUCAUUGACUUACUGUAUGAUCCCAAUAGCUGAUUGAAAUGAAUAGCUGAAAUCUGAAUUCACAUCUGAUACAUGUCAAGUGAUUUUAUAUUCCCUCUCCUAGAGUGUUUUUGCUUUUGCUCCUAGACCUAUUAAACACUUUUCUGUAUUUUUCUUUUUUAACAACUCGAUGGAAAGGAGGAGAGGUUAGUGAAAUAAUGAGUAGGCACACCUCCCUAGUGAACAUUCAGCACCAUGUAAGAUCUCUGGGGUGGCGCUAGCAAUAAACGCAGCCUAACUAUAACUCUCAAUCAGGGUCCAAAUAUAUAUUUUUAUGUUACAAUUUCAUGACAACAGAGUUUAGAAUUGCUUGAUGAAUUAAUGUACUUUCUUUGCGUAGGUUUUUUGUGAACGCUGCAGUUGUUUUGGGCUCCCUGAAGAAGGAAUAUUAAAGCAUUUCUGUUUUGUUUAAAAAUAUGAACUGUUGGCAUCAUCUGUGAUAAAAAAAGUCACUCAUUUUGAAACGUACUAUUCCAAUGUCAUAACUGGUUAUAAAUGUUACUGCGUAUUAAUGAUCCAUGACACUACAAAAUGUUCAGACUCAUCUUUAUGGCAGUGUUUCACUGACGUCUGUACAUGAUGCAUACCUGUUCAACUAUAUUCAGAGUUACGGUCGGUCGGGGAGGGUGGGAGUCUAAAAACGUAUGUUUGAUUCAUAUAUUGUAUCACAAAUCAAAGGAUAAAUGGUCACUAUGAUGUUCUCACAGGGUGGACUGGCUUAUUGGACGUUGUGAUGGCUUUUUGCCCCUCUCUUCUGUGCUUUUUGCUGUGACAGGACCCUGUCAGUUUUUGGACAGAGACUGGAAGGUGUACACUGAAACGGCUUAUACACACCUGAGGAACUGCAUUUAGUUUCCGCCUUCUCUCGUCUUCACUCAUUACUGUACCUACACCAAGAUAUCGCCCUGAUGCUUUUUUUGUUGGUACUUUUAGGAUACGUAUUUCAUUUGUCAGAGGACCAGUGCAUUCUGGAACUGAUCAUACGGUCUAUUUAUCCUACCUGAUGUUUAUCUUUUCAGAUAUGCGAUCAUAUUCGCCCUUUCCUUAUUUAGAGAAAAAAUAAAGCAGUUGUGCUUUUUCAAAACCUUUGUCCUUGUUAAAUGUGUAUUGUAUUAAAGGCUGUCAAUUGGA